CAUGAACGGCCACCACAAAGACAACGGCGAGCAGCUGAAGAAUUUAGCUGCUGCUGAUGAUGCAGACGAGCUGGAUGUAGACGUAGAGAUUCUGAAAGACACAGAAUGCGGUUUAGGAUCAUUCCGACCCAAAGGACUUCAGAUAUGCGCAAGAAUCGGAGCUUUCAUUGGAGUCUUCAGUGUGUCAGGUCUACUCACACAGACACUCACAACAUACGUGAACUCACAGGUAUCCAUGCUGGAGAAGCAGUUCGGGUUUAGCAGCGCCGAGUCUGGUCUACUGAUGAGCUGCAAUGACAUCGGCUUCCUGUGUUGUGCCCUGUUUGCCGGCUACAUCGCGAAAAUCGUUCACAUACCCCGUGGAUUAGGAAUCAGCACGCUUCUGUACGGUGUAUGCGGCAUCAUGUGCGCCCUGCCAUACUUUCUACAAGACCCGGCCUCCUAUGCUUUAAAGGGCAACACAAACGGGAAUGUGUCAAAGUCAAUCAGUUUCCGGUCAGCGGGCAAGGAGGCGCCUAUGUGCCAGAACGUUAGUAUGUUUCAGGACGACACAAGCUGCGACAUGGCAGGGGAUACCGCCGAGGCGAAUUCAGGUCGCGAAGAACUGCAUAUCAAAAGCGUCGCAUUUGCUUUGAUUGCAUUCGGAAUGUUCCUUCAGGGUGUAGGCAAAUCGUUUCGAUCACCGUUCGUUACACUGUACAUUGAUGACGCUGUCGACAAACGGAAAACUGGCUUCUACAUGGGAAUCCUGAUAGGCACAGGGAUAUUUGGCCCCGCCUUGGCUUAUCUGCUUGGUGGAGUGUUUAGCAGAAUCUACAUCACAUUGGAAGCUGUCGACAUAUCUCCCAAAGACCCUCGUUGGCUCGGAGCAUGGUGGCUCGGAUUCCUAGUGUUCGGAGGCUUUGCCCUGCUAUUCAGCGUCCCGACCAUGUGUUUUCCGCGAUACUUGAAAUCCAAAAAACGGAAAGGGGAUCUAGUUAUUAUCGCGAAAGAAAGACGACUGCAACGCGAGACACAGGUGUCCGUUUGGAAAUCACUGUUACUUGAAAUGAAAGAGUUUGUUGCCACUGGCGGCCGAUUGCUGAGAAAUCCGACGUACAUGAUACUGAUUAUUUCAACGGUCGUAAAUUUGGUGGGCGUUGCCGGUACAAUGUCUUUUAUGCCAAAGUAUCUGGCGUCACAAUACACCAUUCCGCUGUGGCAGGCUAAUAUCAUCUUAUCUUUGAGUUCGGUGAGUGCGGUAUCCUUGGGAACAUUUUUGGGUGGGGUAAUGACGAGAAAGAUUCCUAUGAUGCCACAGACAACGGUGAAGAUGUUGCUGAUAUUUUACACCGUCAACACCGUCUGUAUCGCAGCCGGUUUCUUCCUGGGGUGUGAUCAGCCGAUGUUAGUUGGGGGAGGGCCAUCGAAUGCUGGGAACGCUAGUAUGCCCCUGUACCAACACAUACAAUCACACUGCGUUGAUGGCUGCACGUGUGACGCCGAGCAAUAUUUCCCGAUCUGUGGCGACGACGGCCGGUCAUAUUUCAGCCCUUGUCAUGCCGGAUGUACAGGGAAAUCACCUACGGAUUUCUUUAACUGCACGUGUAUCCCAAGCGGCCAUGCGGAGUCGGGCCUUUGUGACCAGGGUUGUAAUGGAAAGCUGUAUGCAUAUGCCGUCUUCACCUUUGUCGGGAAACUGUUUACUGCCUUUAAAAUAGUGCCCACUGUCAUAGCCCAGAUAAGGUGCGUUCAAGAAACGGAUAGGGCUGCAUCAACAGCGUUCGCCAGCUUUGUAACCUCCGCGUUAGGAUGGAUGCCAGGGCCGAUUAUUUUCGGUGCAAUUAUCGACGACACCUGUCUGUUGUGGAAGUACACCUGUGGGGAACGCCAGUCAUGUCGCCUAUAUGACCUCGCCUACUUCCGGAACGCUAUCCUUGGUUACGGCGUGAUAACGUCCGCACUGGCGACGUUGAUUCUUUCCUCGUUGUUCUUUUACUUCAGGUACAAAAACACGACGGAGUGGCACCAAGGUGCACAAAAAGAGGACCCUGUUGCAGAUGUUGAGUUGAUUGUGAAUACCGAUAAUGCUAAUGAUCACGUUAAAGAACAUUGAGCAUUGGUUAUAAACCCUAUGAUGCAGCAUAACAGUAUGUGUAUGUUGCGCAAAUGCUGAACUGUUUAAAUGUUUCCGAAUUACCGAUUGUAAAACAAAAUACAACACAUCGAUGCUAUUAAAAAUAAAAAGCAAAGAAACAACACAAUCAAUGCUAAUAUUUUUAAUUAGCCUUUGAAUUAAGACGAUCACUUCAGAAACAAGUAAGCUAUAAGAGUGAACCGUCUAAGUAUACCUUCACACAGUGUCCUGAUGAUCCCAGUUUACUUUGGUUAAUGUUUGGUUAAUUCUUUGGUAAUUCGGACUACUGUAGUUUAUACACUGAAUAUAUCGUUCACAAAAUCUAACCAACUAGA